CGUCGGCCUCAAUUGCGGCCCGCACGACAUCUCGUCAUUGGCACGCCGUCGUCCAUUCAUCUCCCAUCCACACCAUUCACUCCCUCCCUCUCCUCUUCCCUCCCACCCUCACUCACUGACAAACCCCACCAACCACCAUGUCAUCAGACACCCCCCGCCUCAGCGCCCUCCCCGACGAACUCGUCGAAGCCAUCACCUUCUACCUCCCCCCCGACGCCACCCUCGCCCUCGGCCUCACCUGCACAACCCUGCACAAAAUCGCGUACGAGCACCUCGUCUGGCGCCGCCACUGCAUCCAGGGAUGGCAAUACUGGGAGGCACACCACGAAAUCGCAGACAAGCUGCUGCAACCCCCGGCGCAGACCAAGUGGCGACACCUCUACAACCAACGUCGCUUCACCGACAAAAAGGCUCUCGAUCUGUUUAAUGAGCUGCUUCUCACACAGCAAAAGCGUAUUGAGCGGAUAGAGGAGAUUUGUAGGCUGGGGUAUGAUGUUAAGGAUCUCAUGCUCGACUUGUGCCAGAAUACACCCGACUCGGCGGAGGAUGUGCUGGCGAGGAGGUACUAUGCUGAUGUAGUUCUUGGCCGCAUCCACCGCGCGACUGCUUUGGAGAAAUGGACCCGGCUUCAAGAGAGGCGAAUGGUGCGGCUGGAGGAAGUACUCGCCGCCUACGACUUGUUCGUGUUGUCGGGUAGGAAGGGCGAUUUGCACGACAUCGACCAAGAGCUGGAUCGCAUUGCCCGUGCCAUUCGCGCCGCCCCCGACUUUGAACAUCUCUCCACGCGCAACAAGGCGAUAGAGGUGGCGAGGUAUAUGCGUGAGCAGCGCCUGCUCGGCAACCCGACCGAGGAAGACUACCAUGCUUUGAGAAACAACUUCAUCAGUUUGGCCCUGUUCGAAGAACCGCAUACCAGUCUCCCCUUACAAUCUGUCGCCAUCUACUGCGCCGUCGCCCGGAGACUAGGCAUCAACGCCAGACCAUCCAACUACCCCUCGCACGUCCACGCCGUCAUCGAAGCCCCGUCCAAUCAGACCCUAGACGGGCGAGAAAAGCCCCGCGCCACAGCCGCCACCGAGCAUACCGACGAAGACCCGGACAGCAUGAUGCACAUGGACCCCUGGCGCUCGAGCGAAGAAGUCCCCCGCGAACAGCUCACCCUCCGCCUCUCGCAGAUGGGCGCCCCUCCCGCCCAACACGCCGCCCACCUCGGCCCAACCAACAACUACGAACUCGCGCUCCGCACCGGCCGCAACAUCAUGAACUCCGUGCAGGACUCGCGCGAACGGCAGGGCCGCCUCGGCCGCUCUAGCUCUACCCGCACCUCCUUGCCGGACGUGGAAGCAGCGUGGUACGGCAUGCUGUGGGCGAUGAUGGUGCUGGGCGACAACAAUCAGGCGGCGACUUUGCAUCGGCGCCGGCAGUGCCUGCCAUACCUCGCCGACCAUUUCCAGACACAUUUCCCCGAAGACAUCGGCAUGCUGGAAAGCACGCUGUUGCCCAUGUUCAUCAACGAGCGCGAGCAAGAAGGGCUCUUGAGUUUGGUGACCAUCUCCCGCGAGGCGGACAGGAAUGCCAAAGCGCCUAAACGGCGCGCUGCGCCGGACGGGGUGGAGAAGAGUGGACCCCCGCGCGUGCAGUUCAAGAUUGGACAGCACUUUGAGCAUAAGCGGUAUGGGUACCGAGCGGUGGUGGUGGGCUGGGACUUCCAAUGCGCCGCGGAGCCGAGGUGGAUCCAUCAAAUGCGUGUUGAUGAUUUGCCGCGAGGCAGGGAGCAGCCGUUUUACAACGUCAUGUGAGUUCCUGUCAUUUCACUCAUCGCGUCAAAGUGCUCAAGACUGACCUGUUGAGCAGCGGAGAGGAUCGAACGUCCCGCUACGUGGCCGAGGAGAAUAUCGAGCUCGUGUCGGAGCGGCCCACUGAGAUUCUCAUGCAGAUGGGCGGCAAGUACUUCAAGCGCUGGGACGACGAGAAGGCGAUAUUCGUAAGCAACAUCGAGGACGAGUAUCCCGAGGGUUAGAAACAAAUACACAAAAGCUCG